CCUACCGGGUGUGUGUGUGUCUUUGUGUGUGUGUGUGUGUGUGUGUGUGUGUGUGUGUGUGUGUGUGUGUGUGUGUGUGUGUGUGUGUGUGUGUGUGUGUGUGUGUGUGUGUGUGUGUGUGUGUGUGUGUGUGUGUGUGUGUGUGUGUGUGUGUGUGUGCUUGCGAGAAGAGAAGAGCAGAGAGGAGAGGAGAGAAGAAAGGGAACUGCUAUUUAAAACGAAAUUUCGAACCAAACACACCUUCUAAACAUAUAAUUAAACUACGGGGGGGGACAGUACCUCAAACUGGCAUGACCAACCAACGACUUCCUCUGUUUUCCACCGUCGGGAUGCAGAACCCCGGGAAGGAACACCUGUACAAGGUGUUGGUGAUCGGGGACUUGGGUGUGGGGAAGACCUCCAUCAUUAAGCGGUAUGUCCAUCAGACUUACUCCACCAACUACCGAGCCACCAUCGGCGUGGAUUUCGCCCUGAAGGUCCUGAACUGGGACUCUGAGACGGUCCGGCUACAACUUUGGGACAUAGCCGGUCAGGAGCGGUUUGGGAACAUGACCCGUGUGUACUACCGAGAGGCCAUGGGCGCGUUCAUCGUGUUUGACGUGACACGGCCCACUACCUUCGAAGCCAUCACCAAGUGGAAGGAGGACCUGGACUCUAAACUCAUGCUGACCAACAGAGAGAGCAUCGCCACGGUCCUAUUGGCUAAUAAAUGUGAUCAGGGGCGGGAGGUUCUGACCAAUAACGGCGUGAAGAUGGACCAGUUCUGUAAAGACAAUGGCUUUGUGGGCUGGUUCGAGACCUCAGCCAAGGAGAACACCAACAUCAGCGAGGCAGCCAACUUCCUGGUGAAACACAUCAUGGCUACAGAGAAUGAUUUCCUAAAGUCAGUGGUCCCAGACACCAUCUCUCCAAAACUAAAUGACUCACAACCUGUGACCUGCUCUGCCUGCUACAAACCAUAGCUAGACAACUCACAACCUGGGACCUGCUCUGCCUGCAAACCAUAGAGGGAGGAGAGGAGGAGAGGACUGGGGAUGAUGUGAAGGGAGGAGAAGAUAGGAAGAGAAAACUGGUUCAAACUAAUAGAGGAAGGAGAGGAGGAGAGGGUGAAGAGAGGAGAGGAGACAGACCCUGGAGGAGAGUAAGAGGGAGUGGAACGGGGCUAUGCUGGUCCUCUGUUGUUCAAUUUGUAGAGUGCUUCUAACACCAGGGUAGUGGGUUCAAUUCCAGGGACCACUCAUACGUAAAAUGUAUACACGCAUGACUGUGAGUCGCUUUGGAUAAAAGUGUCUGCUAAAUGUAAUAUAUUAUUAUUAUUAUAUUGGGGAGCAGAGAUGAUGAUUGAAUGUCACUGCAACUUCCCUCCAUAUCCACCUCUCCAGAAGACAGAGGCGCUGAUUUCAAAACAUCCUCUUCUCCUCGAUCCUUGGCGCUCCAUUUACGCAUUAAUGCGCAAUUUCGUGUUUCAAAGCUGAUGGAGUGAUAAUUAGACCCCUUAUAGAUAUUAUUAUUAUAUAACCACUUCAGCCAGCAAGGCUGCAAGCUUCAGAGCGAAGUGAUAUCCCAACACGCACUGCGAUAUGUUUGGAGUUUGCACAAUUUUAUACAAAAUAAUUGGGGAGGGCGUGCCUAAUUAUAUGUCAUGAAAGUUUGUUUAUGUCUGAUUUGGAGACUUGACACAUGUAACAGAUGAAAUACCUCCCAAAUUAAAUGUUUACUGAGGUUAUUCAUAUGCAUUCA